GGUGCUUGAAGGAUGACCGCAUCGCCUUCUGGACCUGGAUGUUCUCCACCUACUUCAUGGAGAAAUGGGCGCCACGGCAGGACGAUAUGCUCUUCUACGUGCGCCGGAAGCUGGCGUUCUCGGGCACCGAGAGCGGUGUCGACGGGAGGAAGCUGGCGGAGGCCGAGCCCGAGGUGGAGGUGGAGGUGGAGGUGUACCGGCGGGACUCCAAGAAGCUGCCAGGCUUGGGGGACCCUGACAUUGACUGGGAGGAGAGCGUCUGCCUGAACCUCAUCCUCCAGAAGCUGGACUACAUGGUGACAUGUGCCGUGUGCACGCGCUCUGAGGGGGGCGACAUCCACAUCCAUAAGAAGAAAUCCCAGCAAGUGUUUGCGUCCCCCAGUAAACACCCCAUGGACAGCAAAGGGGAGGAGUCUAAGAUCAGCUACCCCAACAUCUUCUUCAUGAUCGACAGCUUCGAGGAGGUGUUCAGCGACAUGACUGUGGGGGAAGGAGAGAUGGUCUGUGUGGAGCUGGUGGCCAGUGACAAAACCAACAUGUUCCAAGGGGUCAUCUUCCAGGGCUCCAUCCGCUACGAGGCGCUCAAGAAGGUGUACGACAACCGGGUGAGCGUGGCCGCCCGCAUGGCGCAGAAGAUGUCAUUUGGCUUCUACAAGUACAACAACAUGGAGUUCGUGCGCAUGAAGGGGCCCCAGGGCAAGGGCCACGCGGAGAUGGCCGUCAGCCGUGUGUCCACUGGUGACACGUCCCCCUGCGGGACUGAAGAGGACUCCAGCCCGGCUUCGCCCAUGCACGAGCGGAUGACCUCCUUCAGUACGCCCCCCACCCCGGAGCGGAACAACCGGCCCACCUUCUUCUCCCCGUCCCUCAAGAGGAAGGUGCCCCGGAACCGCAUCGCCGAGAUGAAGAAGUCUCACUCGGCCAACGACAGCGAGGAGUUCUUCCGGGAGGAUGAUGGUGCAGCUGACCUGCACAACGCCACCAACCUGCGGUCCCGGUCCCUGUCUGGCACGGGGCGAUCCCUGGUCGGGUCCUGGCUGAAGCUGAACAGAGCGGAUGGAAACUUCCUUCUCUAUGCACACUUAACCUACGUCACCUUGCCGCUGCAUCGGAUCUUAACAGACAUCCUGGAAGUUCGGCAGAAGCCCAUCCUGAUGACCUAGCCGUGCGCGGAGCCCACACGGAGCCCCCGGCCCGGCCCUGGGAGUACUGCCAAGUGCCUACCUGUCCACCGCCACCGGGGUCUCUGUGACAGCCCAGCGCCGGAGCCGGAGUCGGAGCCGGAGCCAGGCGGGCCACUCCACCCCUGGGCAGGGCCGACUCCAUGAACACCAGCCCAAACUGAAGUGCCUCUUCUUCCCCCGCUGGCUCUGCUCCUGCCCUGCGCCCACCCCCCAUCACCCCAGCCCGUCCCUGGAGAGCCCUCUGCACCCAAAGACAACCACAGACGCCAGGAGGCCAUCGAGAGAGCGAAGGAGCAGCAGCGUCCAGUGUGUCCAGACCCACCGACCCCAGGUGCUCGUCCCGCUCGACAGCAGGCGGGACCGCCCAGCUGGGGCACCCCCGUGCCCACUGUCCGCACCUCUUAAGGAAGCGUUUACGAUUUUGCAGUUCCGUGCCAAUGAACCUCAGCGUCCGCGUUGGUCCUGACAUGUCUGUCCUCCCUAGCGUGGUCCUAAAGGGGGCGCCCUGGGGAGAUGGGAGCACAGCUGUUGGAUGGUGUGGCCCUGGGCGGGAACAUGUCCCCCCAUACCCGAUUCCAGGAAGGCCUCGAGCUCAGCAGACAGGCCCUGAUCCCGCCAGAAUGGCCUUCGCUUCCAGCCAAAGAGCACCGCCCACGCACCUCCACCCGGAGACAUCCCGCUCCAGGCCUCGGCGGCUGAGCCCAGAACAUGGACUGAGGACAGAGGAGGGCUCGGGGCCAGACAGGAGGGGUGGGGUGGAUGGGGUUGGCAGGCUCCUAGGAAGGCUCAUACUCCUCGGGCCGGGAGGGGCUGGGGUUUCCUCUCUGGUUUUCUAGAGAUUACCUCCCUUGCCUGAGUGUGCUGGUCCCAUUUCUGAGACCAACGCACUGAGGCGAAGGGGAAUUGGCUUCUAUGCGCCCGGUAUGGUCAGGUGUGGGUGGCACAGGAGCCCCGGGCUUGCCUGUGGCCUGGUGCCAGCCAGGAUCUCUGCCUGUGAGGACGCACGUGCCCUUCUCAAAGCCGAGCCCUCAGCAGGAGAGGCCUGGCCAGCCCCCUGGGAGCGGUCGCCGGUCUCUGUUGCUUCGUGGCUGGGUCUGAAGUCCCUGGAAAUACCUGAGGGAUCCUGCUGUGCAUUAGAGGCCCCCUUGGGGGGCAGGAAAGGAAUUGAGGGGCUUGUUCCGUCUGUUCUCAUUCUGUGCUCCAGGGUUUGCACUGGGCUCCGGGACAGGGACUAUGGGGCUUUCUCUAGAUUUUGUAUGCUGUUAUUAAAAGCGAGCUGUUGCAUUUCAUUCUGCCUCAGAUUGCCCACCUGUAAAAUGGGGCUGAUACCACCUACCUCACUGACGUCUCCAAGUUCCAGUACACAACUGGGUCAGGGUGCGAUCGCCAGCCAUUCUGCACCACUGGGGUCAGGGGUCGGAGUCUGGCUGCGAAUCUCCCUCUCCCCGUCCUUGUCACCCCCUCCCCACCCGAAGACGUUGGAUGGGUUGAGUUUGAACAUUCUGGCAUUCUCUGCCGCCCGGCUUGUGCUCAGCGGUGCCCCGCUCUGCACAAUUUCGAGUUCCGAAGCAGCAGGGCAGCAGUCAGGGCAGGCCAGAGCUGGGAGCCGAGCGAGCCUCGGAGUGAGCCCACGUGGCCCAGGGCUCCAGGCACCGAGGGGUGUUGGGAGACCGAUCGCAGGCCCGAGCUUGGGUCCCAGGUGGCUCUGCAGUGACCGUUCUCUCCUGGUCAUCUGGGGUCUGAAGACUGGAACCUGGUUCUUGGGAGAAACGGUCCUGACGUAGCUCCCGGAGGGGUGGGGGACGAGCUAGUUCAGCACGUGCAGGAGGCAGGGUCCCCCCUGUCCUCAGGGGGGGAGCCCCAGAAGGUUCCCCGCUGAAGCCAGUGGUCGGCCCAGCUCCAAGGCGUGGCCACCGCUCCCGGUUGGGCCGGCGAGUCAGGCUCCUAGGGACCUCGCAGGGUGCUGGGGGCCAGUGCAGUAACGGGAAGACGCCACGGAACUCAGACACUUGCUGGCAGCGGGGUCACGUGCCGGCUGGGCUUCGAGAGCUCACACCUCGUGUGCAGCCCGGGAACAGCACUCCGCGGUUGGCUGUUCUGCAUCCAACACGUAGGCAGCACCUGCACGUCGUGUCCUUGUCCCAUCUUACCGAUGAGGAAACCGCCAGAGGUGAAGUGACCACCCAAGAUUGACCGCAAGCAUGGCGGGCAGGAGGCCACCUCGGCUUCGCCCCAGUCCGCACUGAGCCCCGACACCGCUGCCAGGACAGAUGGACGGAUGUUUGGUGGAGCUGACCUUCGUCUUUAAAUCCCAAAGGUCCUGUGAUACUGGACUGAAAACCUGCUCCGAGGUGCUUGAUGGCUGCGCAGUGAGCUGUUACGCCGAGGUUUGAUUUCUCCAAGUGACAAAUGGCAUCAGUAACCAAUAACAGGCACAAGUGACAGGACCAGAACCCGUCCCCGUGGGUCUGGGUGUGGGUCCAUCUUUACUUGUAAGGCCAUCUUUAAUUUUCUGGGGACACGCCUGUCGCGUGUUAUGCAGGGAUGACAACGUGUGCAUAAACUUCUUGAAUGGGACUUGGAAUCAAAAGUCCAGUUUUUCUUUGAAGAAACCUACGUGUCACAUUAAUCAAGCCCACAACCCGGGCAUGUGCCCUGACCGGGAAUUGAACUGGCAACCUUUCAGUGCAUGGGACAUGCCCAGCCAACUGAGCCACCCUGGCCGGGGGUAGUUAGAAGGCAUUUUAAGAAUGAAAUAAAAGAUUGUUUCCAUUAAAACACAUUCCACGGGGUAGUCCCUAUGCAGUUAGUAUAUUCUAAUGACUUGAAAAAUCUAUUUGACAUUGUCAUAAUAUGGUGGUUUUAAAUCGGCCAAAAUCCUUUAAAGGCUUACAUAUUACAAAUCUGCUAGCUUUUUAAUGAAACUUAAUAGGUUUCAUACAUACAUACAAGUUGUCUCAAAAAAAUGUAUACACACUUGGAAUAAUUAUUCAUUCCAAUGGGUUAAAUCUGAAAAGAAACAUGAGCUAGCAGCUGUUGAAAUGUGUAUACAUUUUGGGGAUAUAUAUAUAGUUCAGUUUUCCAAUUUAGCCAGAAUUUAGUUUUAUAUUCAGUUUCCUAAACCAGUAUCUGUUGACAUGACAUUGACUUCCUGCUCAGGCUUUCUCUCGUCUUGCAACCAGAAAACAAACUUCCCUUUAAAAACCCACCCAGUAGGACACAGCCCGAGACAUGACAAUGCAGUGCUGGCUGCCCCUGCCCGGGAGCUCGCACCGCCUUCGGCAGCGUCAGCGUCAGCGGCCGCCCUGGCAGCAGGAGUUCCAGACGGAGACGGCCUGGGAGUGGAGGAAGGUGUGCGCUGUCACUUCCUCUUCCCUUUCCCUUAUGGACUUGGCAUGGACUUGACCCUCAUGGAGAGAAGCCUCCUGCCCUGACUCGGCCCUGGAGAACUUGGAGCACCACACGCAGAAGCCAAAUCACUUGACCACCGAGUGGCCUGGGGUCGGUGGAGUUCUGCAGCGGGUAGAGCCUCACACUAGGAAGUGCUUACAGCCGCGGUCCCGCCUGGAGCUCAGCAGAUCCCAAACCCACUGAGUGUAGGACGCGCAGCCGCCCCUCACCUUCUUGCCCUUUGGGCCUCCCGUCACAGAAGGUGGGGCGAUGUGGGUGUAAAUCUAUCUCCUGUGCUUUCCGAACAAGUUCUCUGCUGAGACCCGCAGGAAACCUGUGGAGAUUUUUCACUUUGAAGCCGUAACUAAAGUGAUUUCUGCAAAAGCACUCGGCGACACGCACUGAACACCUUCAGGUGGGAUCGUCAGCGGCUUCCGGUCAGCGGCGUCUGCGUUCCGCGGAGGCCCCGUCUACGCCGUGCUCGCGUGGCUCUCCGCUGUGCUCACGAGGCUGCGUUCCUCUUGGAAGUUGGUUGCAUGGUGAAUAUUACAUUUAUUUUUUCUCCGUGUCUUCCUCUACCGAACUUGUACCUAGUAAUUUUUUUCUCUACGAGGGUAUUUCAGAUGAAAUGCAGCUAUUACAGCAAUGUGGUAACAGUGAUUAAACCUUCUUUUGCCCCCCAAAGAUUUCUUACUGUUUGGAGUCCUGACACAGCUACAUUUUUGACCUGUUGCCGGGGACUGACAGAAACCACCCCUGCAGGGCCUCGCUGUCCUCGGGUCGGCCAGGGGGCGGCCGCCGCUGUGGUUGAGUCAGAUGCUGUGUUUGCAAAAUUAAAUCCAAGAGCUGCGUCUCAGCCUCGGCGCUCAGCCCCGGGAAGUAGACAACCUUGAGUGUGCUGUCAAGUUUCCGGCUGCGCCUCCUCACCAGCCCCGGAGGUGGCGGGCUCGCACCAGCCCCCUGGUCUUGUGGAAGCUGGUCUUUGGCCACCGGCUCUCUGUUGCCUUGCUCUGCGAUGACUCAAGCUGACGGUGAGCACGUGGCCCCGUUUCGCUAACUGCCGUGGCCUGUUUAUUGCAAGUUCAUCAUGGAUGGAAGCAGCCCGAGUCGUUCUCACAAGGGGCUCUCUUUCCCUUUCCAUGGUCAGACGAAGGCUGUCAUGAUGCCUUGGGUGUACAUAAGGCCUAGGACACUGCAGAAGGUUCUAGACUAGCAAAAGGGGGUCUGAGGCACACACACUAGAAAUAGUAAGGGCAGCACAUCCAGGUGACACCUGGGAACUGCUAGGAACAGCUGAGCCAGAACUGUGCACCGGCAUCACCUGGGCAGACUACGAGACGGUGGUUACGGAAGAGGCAGCUCGGUGGGUUAAAACGACGCCCUCGCCACACAGAUCAAACCGGUAAAUAAUUAGGUCCCUUUAAGCAGUCACCUGAAAACGUUCAGCUGGAGAAAGUCUCCCCGGGAAGCUACGUGGACCUCUUUGCUAUGUAUCGCCGACUCUGGAUCCCUUGCGGUAAAUGCUGACCUAGAUGGACUUCUAGGAACCACUCAUGCCCCUGCCUAGAAAACACAGUAACGAGGGGAAACCUUUGGGAAUGUUACACUGGGAGGAGGGGGAACGUGAAAUGGCCCAUCCGACCCCACGGCCAUUGUGUAUAGACUAGACGUGGUGAUGUGUAAACGCAUUGUACUCUGUGCUUGGUUGUUAAAACAACAGGAGCCUGGGAAACUCGUGUGAGGAAGGAAGGUCUUUGUUUCGGGGAUGGUAACGGGAUGUCUUGUCUUUUGCCUACAGCCUUGUGUUGAAUUCCCUCCCAACUUGGCCUCCACAUGAGCUAACAGGUUUAACAAGUUCUCUCUCCCCUGUAUGUGGGUUAUGGUCUUUCAUCUUGGAAUCUAACUUGAAUAAAACCAUCAGAUUGCUCUGUUUGAAAUAA